AGGCAUCAGUGAGACUGCACCAUGUUGUCUGUCGUCUGUAGACCUCUGAACGGUCUGAGAGUCUCCGGGUGCUUUGACGAAAGCCACAGUCACAAUGGCAGACGCUCUGGCGAAAAUCCCCGUUGUUGAGAUCGAUCCAGAGGGAACCUUUAAGUACAUUCUGCUGAGAGUGAAAGUGAAAGAUGGCGAUGUGCACAAAGACAUAGUCCGGGGCACAAAAAGUGCAGAGUAUCACAAUCACAUAUUUGAGAAGGUCAAUCCAGCUAUGGAGGCCUUGGGGAUGGAGUGCAAAUGCCUCGGAGGAGGGAAGAUAGAGCACAACACCCAAGAGAAAAAACUGAGGGUGUUUGGAGAAUCAACUGCGUAUGGUAAAGCAGACCAUUCUGUGUCUGUAGAGAAGUUGAAGAGUGCCUUCAGCGACUAUGAGAUCACCUGGUCUGAUGACAAAAAAUGAACCUACAUCUCAUUUGAAAUAUCUGCCUUUAUUAGUUCCAAAACAACCCUUAUGUGCAACCAUUAUUUAAUUGAAGUACACCAUUAUGCAUUAUCUGUUUGCUUCUGAUUCUGUGAAAGCACAAAAUAAAGUUUUUUUUGACUGCA